AUGCUCGCGAUCUUGGUUGCGAAAUUACAGGGCAAAAUGGCAUCCGGAGAUGGGCACAAACCCGUGUGGUAUGACAUUGGGGGCGGCACCGGCUACAAUAUCGAAGUCAUGGACAAACUGGUGGGUAUCGAGGGCUUUUUUGGGCAUGUCUUCCUCGUCGAUCUCUCCACUUCGUUGUGCGAGGUCGCCCAAGAGCGAGUCCGUAAGAAUGGCUGGAAGAAUGUCACGGUCCUGUGCCAGGAUGCAAGGUCGGUUGCGUGCCCUCCAUCCUCGGCGGACCUGAUCACCAUGAGCUACAGCUUGUCCAUGAUCCCGGAUUUCUAUGGCGUGGUCGACAUGGUCUCAGGGUUCUUGUCCCCUAAAGGCUUGAUUGGCAUUUGUGACUUCUACGUCCAGAGCAUCGUUGAUAUCUCGUCGCGAAACUACUGUGGCGGGAGCUUCAAUCGCCACGUCAAUUGGUUCGGUCGGAUGUUCUGGCGGACGUGGUUCGACGCUGAUCGAGUAAACCUUGAUGGUGGUCGUAGAGACUACGUCGAGUAUCGCUUCGGGACUGUCUUGUCAACAAGCCAGCGCAACUAUCCUCUCGGCGGCAUCCCAUACUAUAUCUUCAUUGGAUGCAGACGAGAUGCCGAAGCCUUCGCUGAGCAGGGUCAGGAAGUCUUGGAAAGACUCGACGCGGCUCUUACAGAGUCACCAUACCUGUCCCCAAUGAAAUUCAAGGAGCAGCGGAAUUUGGACGCUCAGCAAAGCAUUCCCCGAUCCAAGUCAUACGAGUCAGCCAUUGUCAACUUGAGCAAUGACCUGCCAUUGCCUUCAGCAUUCUACCAACAGCACCAUUGGAGAAUCUACUACAACGACCUUUUGCAGAAACAUCAACAAUUUGGCAACGAGUAUAUCUAUGCCUUUAACUGGGAAGAUCCCAAGGUCGACCGCCAGCUCUUGAACAUCACUCAAGACGACGUUAUUCUCACCAUCACCAGCGCCGGGGACAACAUUCUUGACUAUCUGCUCGAAAGACCCAAGCGCAUCCACGCAGUUGAUCUGAACCCGAACCAAAACCACCUCCUCGAGCUCAAAGUUGCAGCCUUCACCGCCCUCCCCUACAGCGAUGUCUGGCAACUAUUCGGCGAAGGCAAGCACCCGGACUUCCGCAAUCUCCUUCUCUCCAAACUCAGUCCUCAUAUGUCCAGCCAAGCUUUCCAGUACUGGCUGAGCAAAUCCUACAUUUUCUCUUCCAAGGGGGGGCUGUACGAGAGUGGGGGCUCCAGACACGCUAUUAAGCUGGUCCGAUGGCUGUUCAAGACUUUUGGGCUCACUGCCAAAGUGCGCACAAUGUGUAAGGUGGAGACACUAAACGAGCAGCGCGAGAUCUGGCCCCAGGUCAGGAAUCUCCUGCUCAGCUGGCCAUUGCACAAGACAGUGGUGUCUACAGAGUGGUGGGCAUGGAAAGCGGCCGGGGUGCCUCCGAACCAGCACGCCCUCAUCAUCGACGACUAUGCGCAGCGGACGAGGUUGCCACGGACGAAGAAGCUCUGCGGUGAAGCCAUCUGGCAAUACGUUGUCGACACUUUGGAUCCCGUGGUGGAAACGACGCAGAUCAGCAGGGAUAAUUAUUUCUAUUAUCUCUGCUUGCAGGGGAAAUUCUCCAGAAAGUGCCAUCCUCGCUACCUCGGUGUCAAAGCGCACGCAGCGCUAUCGAAGCCCGAUGCAUUUGAUAAUCUCCGCAUCCACACGGAUGAAAUCAUGGAAGUGAUUGCGAGGAUCAGCCCCUCGACGUUGACUAUUGCUAUUCUCAUGGAUUCCAUGGACUGGUUCGACCCCAGCGACAAAGACUCAGCAGCGCUGGAGCAAAUCGUGGCUUUGAACAAAGUCCUCAAGAUCGGGGGCCGCGUCCUCUUCCGGUCUGCGGCGCUGAGACCGUGGUAUACGGACAUAUUUGAGCAGAAUGGUUUCAAUGUCACGUGUGUAGGCAAACGGGAUUCUGGAAAAUGUAUCGAUAGGGUCAACAUGUACGCGUCCGCAUGGAUCUGCACCAAGAAAAUCGACAUCUCGACGAGUCCGAUCAUCCUUUCGAAGGAGAAGAGCGUUGCAGCCACCGCAUCGUUGGAGGAAUUGAAGAUAUAG